UUCAGUCCGCGGCGCUCGCAAACAGGAACUCAACCCCUUUACCGCUUGCCCAGUGUCCUUUGCAGCACAGCUAGCCUGUUUCUUCCAGCAUAUAGCCGUCAGCCACCAUGGUUCGCCUCGCCAGCAUUGCCUUCCUUGCCUCUGGCAUUUCCUUCGUCGCGGCUGCGCCGAUCAUGCACCUGAGACCUCGCGCAUUCCAGCUCCUCGAUUACGCGGAUUUUCAAAUAUCUGAUGGCGUGGCGGGCAAUGCACAAGCGGAAGCCGCUGCGGUCUUCCUCGACCCCUUUGCCAACGUCGACCUUGCCACCGUGGAUGCCGACACGCUCGACGCCGUCCAGACCAUGCGCGAAGCCGCUGAGUCUGCGGAGACCGACCAGUUCAACCCCGCGAUCGAUGCCGCCACCGGCGCAGACGCGGAUGCGCUCCAGGUCGGAAAGAUCAAGAACAAGGUCCUGAAGCUCACCGGCGAAGUCCAGGCGAUCAACAUCAAGAUCGCGCAGGCGAAGGCGAAGGGCUCCGACACAUCCGACCUCGAGAGCAGCCUCGCGGAGGAGCAGAAGAAGCUUGACACGAACAUCGCCACCGACAAGGCCUCUGCGGGGGCGGCGUCCAAGGGCGUCACCGGCGGGCUGUCUACUGCCGCUGCGACUUCGGCCGCUGUAUCCUCCAACGUUGCGGCGUCGACUUCGGCCGCUGCCUCGUCCACUUCCGCUGCCCCGGCAAGCUCUGCUACCGCUGCGUCCGCCGCCGCCGGAUCCUUCCAGCUUCUCGACUAUGCAGACUUCCAAAUCUCCGAUGGCACGGCCGGCAACGCGCAGGCUCAGGCGAACGCCGUCUUCGUUGACCCAUUCAAGAACGUUGACCUCGCUACCGUCGACGACUCUGUAGCGGACGAUAUUGAGACCAUGCGCCAAGCCGCUGAAGCUGCCGAGACGGACCAGUUCAACCCCGCCAUCGAUGCUGCGAGCGGUGACGAAGCCACGGCUCUCCAGAACGGCAAGAUCAAGAACAAAGUCCUGAAGCUCACCGCCGAGGUUCAGGGCCUGAACAUCAAGCUCGCUAAGGCCCAGGCCGCUGGGGACGAUACGUCCGACAUCGAGUCUAAGAUCACCGAGGAGCAGACGAAGCUCACCACAAACAUCAAAACGGAUGUUGCUGCGGCUGGUCAGGCAUCCAAGGGUGUCGCAUGAACUGGUCGUUCUGCUUGUCUGCCGUCCAGGCUUUGACUGCAUCACUGUACAUUAGCUCAUGCUGCAAACCUGUUUUGAA